UCCAACUUAAUUUCCUCUCUUUCCCCCCUCUUUUUUUUCUCCAAUAUUAAUAUUCAUCUUCAAUGACAUUACCAGUUAAAAAUAUGGUUUUUCCAAUGAUACUACUAAGACUAGCAGAAUGGCUAGUGUACAAACUUCUAGCAAACUCAUGUUACAGAGCUGCAAUGAAAGUUAAAAACUCUGGUUUCUUUUUCAGAAACUCAUCUUUUAGAUCAUCCCAUCCAAUUUCUUUAUACCCUAGUAUAAACAAGUGUAAUUUACAUGGAAGAAAAUCAGAAACAGUUGCAUGUGACAUACAGGGCACACUUCUUAGAUCUGAAUCUUUCUUUCCAUAUUUCAUGUUAGUUGCUUUUGAAGGUGGUAGCAUUUUCAGAGCCUUCUUCUUACUUCUAUCAAGUCCCCUUUUAUUGGUUCUCGAUUAUGAACUUAAACUAAGAGCUAUGAUCUUUAUUACAUUUUGUGGGCUAAGAUUAAAGGACAUGGACAGUGUUGGCAGAGCUGUUUUGCCUAAGUUUUAUCUUGAAAACUUGAAUGUUCAUGUUUAUGAGGUGUUAAAAUCAGCAGGGUGUAGGGUGGUCUUCACAAGUGUGCCUAGAGUUAUGGUGGAAGGUUUUCUUAAGGAGUAUUUAAGUGUUGAUAGUGUUAAAGGAACUGAGUUGCAAACUGUUGGGAGCUAUUUUACUGGAUUAGUAUCAAGUUCUGGGAUACUUGUAAAACAUAGGGCAAUUAAGGAAUUUCUUGGAGAAAAGAAACCAGAUAUUGGCAUUGGAAAUUCAAGUCUUCAUGAUCACCUCUUUAUUUCCCUUUGCAAGGAAGCUUACGUGGUAAACAAGGAGGACGAAAAAAGCAGUUCAAUAUUGGCGAGGGAGAAAUAUCCAAAGCCACUAGUAUUUCAUGAUGGAAGGCUAGCUUUCCUACCUACACCUUUUGCAACAUUAGCCAUGUUUAUAUGGCUUCCAAUUGGAAUAGUAUUAGCAAUAUUCAGACUCUUCAUUGGUAUAUGUGUGCCUUACAAGAUAGCCAUUUUCUUGGGCAGUUUAAGUGGUGUGCAGCUAAGGUUAAAGGGCACUGAUCCACCAAGAUCAGAAAAUGGCAAAGGAGUACUCUAUGUUUGCACUCAUAGAACACUUUUGGACCCUGUUUUCCUUAGUACAUCUUUGGGAAAGCCUUUGACAGCAGUGACCUAUAGCUUAAGCAAAAUGUCUGAGAUUCUUGCUCCUAUAAAAACUGUGAGAUUGACAAGAUCAAGAAGCAAAGAUGCCGAGGCCAUGCAGAGAUUGCUCAGUGAAGGUGACUUAGUUGUUUGUCCAGAAGGAACCACAUGCAGAGAGCCAUAUCUUUUAAGGUUCAGCUCCUUGUUUGCAGAAUUAGCUGAUGAGAUUGUACCUGUGGCCAUGAACACAAAUGUGAGCAUGUUUUAUGGGACUACUGCUAGUGGACUCAAGUGUUUGGACCCUAUUUUCUUUUUAAUGAAUCCAAGACCUUCUUACACUGUUGAAAUCCUUGGGAAAGUGCCCAAAGAGUUGACUUGUGCUGGUGGAAAAUCUAGCCAUGAGGUGGCUAAUUACAUACAGAGGCAACUGGCUGCUGCAUUGGGAUUUGAGUGCACUAAUCUUACAAGAAAGGACAAGUAUUUAAUGCUAGCUGGGAAUGAAGGGGUAGUUGAUAAUCAGGAUUCAAGAAUAGUAGUAAAUCCUAAUUAAUACAGCACUAUAGGACAUAGCUUUUUCAUUUUAUCCUCCUUUGCUAUUUUCACCUUAGUAGCGCAGAUAUAAAUAUGAGUAUAUGUUUAUUACGCAACAAUGCUAUGUAAUUUUUUACACUUCCCCUUCUCUUUUUUUUAAUUUAUUUAUUUACUGUUGUUAGAUCUCUCUUUUGGAUAUCUCCAGAUAUGUAGAUGUAUCUUUCGCGGUAUUGAUUAAUGUGAAGCCAAUUCAAAUAUGGGAA